GCGAAAAUCAAGCACCAAAUUCGUAAUUUGUGUACACGAGCUGCUUCUUCUCCUGAUUGCAGGUCUGGUUCAGUUAAACAAAGAUGAUGGACGCACUGUCAGUGGUGAGUCAACUGCGGGACCUGGCCUCUGAACCGCAGAACCGAGAAGUGAUAGUCCAGGACCAGGGCUGUCUGCCUGGGCUGGUUCUCUUUCUCGAUCACCGGGAUCCAGAAGUUCUGCUCGCAACUUUGCAGGCCCUACGUUACUUGGCCGAGUUACCUCCCAACAUUCCCACCAUGAAGAAUGAACUGGGUAUGAUGGUGAGCUUGGAGAAUCUCAUGGGAAGGGCAGGCCUGUCUGUUGACAUCACAGCCUUGGCCCAGGAGGUGUAUAACAUUCUGUGUACUCCUGCUAAUCCUGUACCCCGCACAGCUGAGAGGGAGAUAAGAAAGAAAUCUCAGUUCUUUAUCAACUCCUCCAACAAGAAGGCCAAGUCUGUCACUCUGCACAUCCAGGGGCUGGACAGCACUGACCAGCGAGGCUUGUGUGAAGAGGCUCUUCUGAAGGUCAGAGGAGUGAUCAGCUUCACUUUCCAGAUGGCCACCAAGAGGUGCACUGUCCGAAUCCGCUCUGACCUGCCUACUGAGAGUCUGGCAUCAGCCAUUGCUGCCACUAAGGUGUUGUCAGCCCAACAGGUGGUGAAGAAUGAAGCAGGAGAAGAAGUUUUGAUCCCUCUGAACCCAUCUGGAGUGAAGGUGCAGGAAAACUCAGCUCUACCAGACUACCUCCCGGAAGAAGAGGAGAGCCCAGAGAGGGAGGUUGACCGUGCAAUUUCCCGCACUACAGCUAAGGAAGAUUCCAGUGGGAGCUGGCUCAACGCUGCUGCCAGUUUCCUCACAAAAACCUUCUACUGGUGAAACUGGAGCAGUUUGAUUUUCUUGAGACUCAGUGUCACAGAGCUGAGUUAAAAGACUGGUGCUUACAGUUGUGUAUGUUACUGGAAUGGACAUUACUGGAUGUGAGCACACCACAGGACUACACCCUAGCUUUGUGUGCAUGGUCACAACUUCACCAACCACCAUCAGUUCCUGUGAAUAACUUCAAAUAUCAACAUGCUCAAAAGCACUUCAGAUUUUAGGAUCCAGCUCAGUUCUAUUUUGAAUUGAGUGGGGUCCCACACACAUGAAAAAUAUCUUUUUCUCUGGAGUUACAUAAUUGGUUUUUUUCUAUCCACUUUUUUGUGGAAGUGUAAAUAUUUUCUCGAAAUCUGUCUCUUCUUGCAGUUUCUUGCAGUGCAAAAAAAAACAAGGUUCUUAUAAGUGUUUGCUACUUUUCUGUUGGUAGUUAUCCUGGAUUAUGCUAAAAUAAAUGUACAAAAUAUUACUACGUCGU